GCUCCGCCCUUUCCAACGUGGUCUGCACAGCUUCCUGCCCCCCAGCAUUCGUGGCUGCACCAUGAUGCUGACUGCCCACCUCUCCUACUUUCUGGCCCUGUGGACAGCAGGCCAAGCCCUCAGUGGCUCCCUCCUCACCAAGGAUGCAGGUCCCCGCCCACUGGAGCUGACAGAAGUCUUCAAGCUGUUCCAGAUCAAGUACAACCGGAGCUACUCAAAUGGUCUAGAGUAUGCUCGCCGUCUGGACAUCUUUGCACACAACCUGGCCCAGGCUCAACGGCUGCAGGAGGAAGACUUGGGCACGGCAGAGUUUGGGGAGACUCCAUUCAGUGACCUCACAGAGGAGGAGUUUGGCCAGCUAUACGGGCAUCAGAGGGUACCUGAAAGGAUCCCCAACAUAGUCAAAAAGGCAGGAUCUGAAAAGUGGGGGGAACCCAUGCCCUCUACCUGUGACUGGCGUAAGGCAGCAAGCAUCAUCUCAUCGAUCAAGGACCAGAAAAACUGCAAUUGCUGCUGGGCCAUAGCAGCAGCGGAUAACAUCGAGGCCCUGUGGCGCAUCAAACACCGCCAGUCUGUGGAAGUCUCCGUGCAGGAGCUGCUGGACUGUGACCGCUGUGGAAAUGGCUGCCACGGUGGCUUUGUGUGGGAUGCAUAUAUGACUGUCCUCAACAACAGUGGCCUGGCCAGCGAAAAGGAUUACCCAUUCCAGGGGCACCCCAACCCCAAAGGGUGCCUAGCCAAGAAGUACAAGAAGGUGGCCUGGAUCCAAGAUUUCAUCAUGUUGUCCAGUAACGAGCAGGUAAUUGCAGGCUACCUGGCUACCCAUGGCCCCAUCACUGUGACCAUCAACAUGAAGCUGCUACAGGGCUACCGGAAGGGUGUGAUCAAGGCCACACACACUACCUGUGACCCCCAGCAUGUGGACCACUCAGUCCUGCUGGUGGGCUUUGGCAAGGGCAAGGAGAAGAAAGGCAUACGGUCAGGGACGCUCUUGUCCCAGGCUCGCAAGCCUCGCCGCUCUGUGCCGUACUGGAUCCUGAAGAACUCCUGGGCCGAAUGGGGCGAGAAGGGCUACUUCAGACUAUACCGGGGAAACAACAGCUGUGGCAUCACCAAGUACCCGUUCACAGCUCGUGUAGACCAUCCGGGGAAGAAGCAACCAAUCUCUUGCCCACCUUGAGGCCAGCAGCCACCCCUCAGCCUCUCCCACAGGCCCACUACCCUCCUUGUCAGCCCUACCCCAAGUUCUUCCUGGCUUCCUCAUCUUCUCUGUAAGGCUUCAUAAACCAAGACAUGAUCCCUG